AUUCGUGUGGGCUGUUUGUGCCCGUUCAAAAAGUUCUCAAGUAGCUCUCAUAGCAACAUCGAAGCAGUUACUUCUCAAACGCGAACUGUGAACCACACCCACCACCUUCAAUGUUCUAUAAAGCUAUCGUAAAGGGGAAGAGACCCCUGCAGGCAGCGUCUCAUGCCAUCACGUCUACCGCAAACAGCUCUUCUGCACUUUUUUCACGAGUUUUUGUGAAGCGUAGAAUCAGUUUGUCAGGAACUGUGCGCUCACUCAAGCGCGGUGCAUUAAGAAGAUCGUUGUCAACAUCAACUAGAAGCACUAUUCCUCCAGAGACUACACCACCACCAUUGCCAAGCACCCAUGGCGUCCCGCUCUACAGACGUAUUCUGUUGGCUUGGACGAAAACUCCAACAAAGUGGUACCCGCUUCCCUUGGCCGUUGGGGCCAUUCUCCUCGUCGUUAUCCAAUACCGCAAGAAAGUAGCACGUGCAGAGAACGAGGUUCAUGUCGAUGAUGAAGGUCGUGAAGUUAUCAAGCUCAAAGGUCCAUGGCAUGUCCACGUAUUAGGCGCCCUUCCUCUCCGGAACAUGUCGCGCGUCUGGGGUUACAUGAAUUCACUCGAGCUGCCGGUUUGGGUACGGCCUUAUGGUUUCCGACUCUAUGCAUACGUUUUUGGCUGCAACCUUGAGGAAAUAGACCCUGACGAUCUAGCGCAAUACGCCAGCUUGGGUCAGUUUUUCUACCGCAAGCUCAAACCAGGUGUUAGGCCCAUAGACAGCGCUAUACUCGUCAGUCCCGCCGACGGCACCGUUUUACAUCUCGGAACUAUAGAAAACCUCCGAGUUGAGCAAGUCAAGGGAAUCACUUACUCGUUGGACGCUCUCCUCGGCGUGGAACGUUCAGAUCCAGAAAGCCCAACUUCGACAGUAAUCGAAUUUCCCGAUCGAGAGAUGUCUCAUGUGACGGAUCGAGAAUUUGCUAAUGUGAACGGCAUCGAGUAUAGUCUAGACCAACUCCUGGGUGCUUCCACUCCUGGUACUGUGACACCUCCAACCCCCACAACUCAGUCAGCCUCUGAGGCAGAAUCAUCUUCCGUGCCAAAGAAAUUCGGCGAGCAGAUUGACGCGUCUGUGGAGCAUCCGGGGUCUCUCCAAGAAACUAUCGCGCAUGAUGCCUCCGUUGCUCGCGAAAUAGGCCUCAGACCUUCGAUCGAACGCAAGAGAAGCACUUCGGGCACAAGCGUUAAAGAAGGCAAUGCCCUCUAUUUCACUGUCAUCUACCUCGCUCCGGGCGAUUAUCACAGGUUCCACAGCCCUACCGCUUGGGUAGUGGAGAAAAGGCGUCACUUUGUCGGCGAACUCUUCUCCGUCUCCCCAUGGAUGGCAAAGCGGCUGAAAAACCUCUUCGUCCUCAAUGAACGAGUUGCGCUUCUCGGCCGAUGGAAAUUUGGUUUCUUUGGUAUGAUACCCGUUGGCGCCACGAACGUAGGCAGCAUCAAGAUUAAUUUUGAUACUGCUCUUCGCACUAACCUCCGAGGCAGGCCCCCUCCGCCCGGAACGUACAAUGAGGCUGUUUACUCAGCUGCCUCUCCUAUCCUCAACGGUCAGCCAUUGACCUUCGGUGAAGAGAUGGGCGGAUUCUGCUUGGGAAGCACCAUCGUACUGGUGUUCGAAGCCCCAAAGACGUUCGAGUUCACCAUAAAGGCUGGGCAGAAAGUCAAGGUUGGAAACCGCAUCGGCGACGUGCCCAAUGAACCGGCGACAGUUCGCAAAGUGAAGACCGACUAAUUGCGGUCACUUGCCACAGACGAUCUACAUUGACGCAUCUUACGACAAUGACGAAUACCCCUACAUAUAUCACUCCUUCAUCGAAAUCGAUAUCAUUGCAACGAU